AUGCUUGAGGUUACUUCACAAAGCUCGACGUAUAAUCGAAAUACAGACUCCUACAAGUCCUCUAAGCUUGGAGUGACUCAUUCCAUACGGAACAAAUUAAACUUUCUUGAUGACAGACUAUGGAAACGCUUUAGCGCACGAAGACUAGAGUUGAUAGAUACGAUGGACCUAAGUUCGAGAAAGGCUAGUGAACAAGAGUUGGAAAUUAGAAAAGUUGCCGAGACAUUGCGAAUAGAGUUUGGGUAUGACGAGUCGUAUACUGAUGACUUUGACAAGUUGGUACGAGCUGCGGUUCAGUCCGUCAGAAGAAAUAGGAAACGUAAUCUCAAGCGAGAAAGAGACCAGCAUAGCAGAACCGAGGAAGCUAGUAAAAAGAGAUCAAAAAGAAACAGCACUUCUUCAAGCGAAGAGGCUGGGAAUGAUCGGUUCUUGUCGGAAAUAGUACAACAUGAAGACGAGGUGUACGACGUCAACUACAAUAGAACAAAACAAUUUUCGUCUAACGACCAUGCCGUGGAUAUGAUUGAACAUAUGACUAAGCCAAGACUACCUCCUUUAUCUAAUUUUGCGUCGCCUGAGGUUAACCUGCCGCUGGCGGAGGUUGCAAAAAAGGCAAUUAUUAACAAGAUUGAGAGGUCUAAAACAUGUAAUGAAAGCACCAACGACUUGAGGUCAAGUAAUUUACAGUUUCUAGGUAUGUCCGUUGUGAUGAGUUGCAUUGGAUACAUUUGUGAGAAAUCAUUUACGCAUGUGAACCAGCAGUCGUUGGAUUAUUUAAGAAACAAGCUAUGCCAAGACACCUACUUGGCCAAGUUUUUCCGAGAGUUGGAUCCACUAACAACCAAUACAAUUAAUGAUGAAGUUGCAGUGAUUUCAUUGUACACUUUGUUGGGUGGGUUGGUGAAAGAUUUUGGUUUUGAUGAAAUAAUAAAUCCAGUGGCCGAAAUAUUAUACGUUUCUGUUGUUAGAGAAUACCCCUUAAUUAGCAGGAACUCCAUACCAUUCACAUCAGUAACUCAACUUGAAGACACAUUUUCUUUGAGCAAGUUGGCCGAAGUAGCGUCCACAAUACAAAGUGAGAACGUAGCAGUGCCACUCAGUGUCAAACUGAGGUCGCAGUCACCAAUGUUCACCAAAGCUGGUUCGGUCCCUACAGGAGACAGAAGAGCUAGCUCGGGACCCAGGAAACGCAUCAUUUUGAAAUUCUUGAAUCAGUCGUUGGAAUUCUUUUAUCCAUCUGGAUUAUCAGCAACGCCCCGGUUCUACGAGCUUUUGGAAAAUGCCAAAAGUGCAUUCAACAUCAACAACUCUAUAUUAGAGUUUCGCUAUCAGGACAGGAUAAUACAAACUGAUCAGGAGUUGGAAAAAGUGUUUCGAAAUGCCAACCCAGAGAUCGAGCUUGAGAUUUCGACUCAAACAACGAUUCCAAUCCAACACUUUGCUGCUUUGCACAGCGCACAACAAGCUCACUAUACAGGCUAUGGAGUCAAUAAUGAUGUGCAACCCAAGAUCAUCUUGCCCCCACCAUUACACAGUGUUGGAACAAAUGCAAAUGAUACGUAUCAAUUUAAGCCAGAUGCAAACGAGGCAUUUAACAAACCUCAACCAAUGUUACCAAAAUUCCAGCCACUAUUGUAG